UAUAGAUUAAUUAAGUUUUACUUACGACUUCGUAUCAAUGUCUGUUCCGAUGAACUCGACGAAGUUACAGAGAAUAAAGUUUUUUAAAAAGUCCUUCAAUUUUUAUUGAAAAAAUAAUUAUAAUUAAUUUUUAAUUUAAGGGCUAAUCCAGACCUUGUGCUAAACAUUAAGGGCAUAAUCAAACGUGUGCAUAGGUGUAACAGCCUUGUCAUUCAUGUCAUCAUCCACGUAGAAAAGAGAGGACGGAAAAUUUAAAAAAAUUAACCCCGUCAAAAUUGAGGGCUUAAACAGGCUAGUUUUGACGUUAGGGGUUCAUUUCAGCCAAAAUAGAACGUGAGGGCCAAUCAGGGCCUUAGGGUAAACAUUAAGGGCAUAAACAAACCUUUUCCCUUAAAUAUAUAGCUUGCAUAUUUUUUUGAAAUAAAUUCCUUUUAUUAUUUUAUUCUAUUGUUGACAAGAAUCCUCUAAACCCUAAUACCUUUUAUACCAUCAUCGCCAACAUUCCAUCUUCCGCUAAUGGGUUCUGCAUCAAAAAAAGAUUCCGAGAUAGACUGGAUCAGCAAAUUACCAGAAGACAUUCACCAUGAAAUACUAUCUCAUCUUUCAACAAACGACGCCAUAAAAACUAGCGUUUUGUCAAGGAGUUGGAGACACAAAUGGACCUCUCUCACCAAUUUAGAUUUAAUCAACCCUAUCAAUAUCGAAUCAUUCAACGAUUUUAUAAACAGAAUUACAAAGACUCGCUCAUUACCGUUCGUCAAAAGAUUUAAACUUACACUUAAAAGAACGUAUUCAUGUUCAACCGUAGAGUCAUGGAUUGAUGCUGUUAUUGCGUAUAAAAUUCAGGAACUGGAUCUUUGCAAUAUUACAUGCAUACCUGUUCGAAUCCCCGAUUGUCUUUUCAGAUGUGAAUCGCUUCAGGUUUUGAAGCUUGGCGGACUUGGUUGCUAUGAAAUCCCGAAAACUACAUUCUUCCUGCCGAAUCUCAAGAUCCUUCGUCUUCGCUCAGUCAGGUAUCUGAGCGAAUCUACCUUAGAAGGGCUGUUAUCGAGCUCCCGGAAUCUUGAAGAAUUGGUACUUUAUAAUUAUUUUAAAACUAAGACUCUUUACGUUCGGUCUUCUUCAUUGAAAGUUUUGAAGAUUCAAAUGAGAAAUCAUUUGAUGAUGGAGACGACCAGGGUUGUUAUUGAUGCGCCUCAACUUGAAUUUCUCGAGUUUGGUAGUAAUGACCGUCGAGUAGUUGAGAUUGAGACUAACAAUUUAUGCUCAAUAGUUGAUGUGGUUUUGAAUCUUGAUUUAUUACUCCACUGCUCAAUUGUUCAGUUUCUCACAAAUAUCUCCAAGACUGUUAAAGCCUUAACAUUAUCUCCAAACAUUUUAGAGGAUCUUUUUUAUGCAUCCAACACCUAUAUGCCUUCUUUUCCGAACUUGAAUCAAUUGGUGGUGAGUUUAUUCGAAAGUGGCACCUCGGAUUUGCUGAAUAUGCUCAGGAUUUUACCAAAUUUAAAAGUUCUUACACUCAUCAGGAAUGUCUAUCGUCGUGUAUUCUCGUCGGAAUCUUGGGAUGAUGAACAAAAUGCAGUGCCCCAAUGCUUGACAUCGUCAGUUGAAAGAUUUGUAUUCAACGGAUACUCGUGUUGUCCAAUAGAUGUGAAAAUGCUAGAAUACGUCCUAAAAAACGCAAAGGUGUUGAAGGAAAUUUUCAUAAUUGCAGUUUGUAUUAAAAGUUCGGAGGAACCAGUCAAAGAAGUACUUUUAAACAAGUUAUCGGUGUUGCCAGAAUGUCGAGUAAAGAUCGAAUAUGCUAGAUCUUAUGAAAUGUAUGUGGAUCUCAGUUUGUAAUUCGUUUAAAUUAAAACAAUUUACAAACUUCAAUUUAGCAAAUUAUAGAUUCAAGAUCUAGAACCCUGCUGUCAAAUUUUCC